UCCUGCCAACCGGGAAGCAGAUCUCCAGGACUGGCGGCCCGGUUCACCGAGUGAGUUUCAGUAGUUCGCGUCCAAACUCGCGCGCUGACGCGCUCAGCGCCGGGUCCUCCACACUCCCGGGCCCCCGCGGCUGUUACCGUCCCAGCCGCGGGGAGCCCCGCCUAGUCUGGAGGCGCUCUGCCGCGGGGGCCGGACCCACACCUGUUUCUGACACCUGUCCUCUCCGGAGUCCCCUUCCCCAGCCUCGCCUGGUCCUGGGGCCCUGCUGCUCCCCGGGGCAUCUCUUCACAGUCUUCUUUUCAGAGAGGCCCCCGCCUAGACAUCCUUUCGUCUUGUCUUGGAAAGUGAUCAAGGCCCUCCAGGGCCCCGCCUACUCUGAACAAUAAGACUAGAGCCUUUCUCAGCCCUGACUGUCUUGCUACACAUUCUGCCAUCUGCCCCCCACCCCAGCCUAGAGAUCUGAUUGACGGUACUAUCCAACUUGUUGGGUGACUCACAGAGGAAAAUAAGAGGAAACAGUGCCCAGAAUUCUAUUUCUCACCCCCACCCCCAGACAUUUAAAUCACCCUCCAGAUCCUUAGUCCCCUCAAUUCGCCCCAGAAGAUUCUUGUUCCUCUUCAGAGUGUGUGCCUACAACAGGCAGCGAGCGAGCCUGAGAACCACCCUGGCACUGCUUGUGUCUGGGAUGCGGACAGCAUUCUCCCUCCUGUGUAUCACAGAGAAGAUUCAGGUUUGCAGGGUCUGUCAGCUUUGGAAGAUGCUGGUUGAACAUUCUGCUCCGUGGAGACAUGUACCUGACAUCUUACAGAGAAUCAGUGACGUUUGAAGAUGUAGCUGUAGACUUCACCCAGGAAGAAUGGGCCCUGCUGGACACAUCCCAGAGAAAACUGUUCAGAGACGUGAUGCUGGAAAAUAUCAGUCAUCUGGUCUUCGUGGGGUAUCAGCAUUGCAAAUUGGAUGUGAUUUUCCAGCUGGAGCAAGGUGAAGAGCUGUGGAUUGAAGGAAGAGGAUUUUUCCAAAGUCACAGUCCAGGCAGGGAAAGUGCCUUUAAAGAAGAAUUGUUAGCCACACAGCAUAUCAGCAAGAAGGACACAUCUACAAUCAUCCCAAUGCAGACAUUUCACACUCCAGAGGAUCCCUGUGAAUGUAAUGAUUUGGGAGAAGAUUUCAGUCCUAGCUCCACACUGAGUCAACAUUUGUUAACUCACACAGAAAAGACACCCAAUAUCAGCAAAGAGUAUCAAAAAUCCCAUAGUGACCAGUCAUACCUUAAUCCACAUAAGCAGAUCCACACCAGAGGUAAAUCAUGCGAGUGCCAUCUGUGUGGCAAAGCCUUCAGCAAUUGCUCUAGCCUUAGAAGACAUGAGAUGACCCAUACUGGAGAGAAACCGUAUGAAUGCCAUAUCUGUGGGAAUGCCUUUAUUCAAAGCUCUGACCUUAGAAAACACAAUCUGACUCACACUGGAGAGAAGCCGUAUGAAUGUCAUCUCUGUGGAAAAGCCUUUAGUCAGUCCUCCAACCUCAGACAGCAUGAGAGGACGCACACUGGAGAGCAACCGUAUGAAUGUCAACUCUGUGGGAAAACUUUCAGUAAAUGUUCUGCUCUUAGACGUCACGAGAGAACUCACACUGGAGAGAAACCGUAUGAAUGUCAUCUCUGUGGAAAAGCCUUCAGUCAGUGUUCUGCCCUUAGGCGACAUGAGGGAACCCACAAUGGAGAGAAAAUUAUGAAUGUCUUCAGUAAGUAUUCUGACCUUAGAUGACAUGGUAUUAUAAACGUAAUAAACAUGAACAAGACUUCAACCAUAGCUUUAAUAUUUGAACACAUCAGAGAGUCACAUCAAAGAAAGCUGUAAUCACUGUAAAACACUAAUCAGUGGGGAGGACCCUUCAGUUAUCCUUACUCCGCUUGACAUAUGCAAAUUUAUAGGAAAGAGAAUCCACAUGUGUGACAUUUAUAUAGCAAAACCUUCAGUCUGUUGUGUGGUCAUAGAUGUCAUGAGAGAACUUGCACUGUAAAUAUAAGGAAUGUGGACAUCUUUAACAACAGCUCUAAACUUUAAACAUAGUGGAGGAUUUGCAUAGGGGAGAAUCCCAAGUCUGCAAUCAAUGUGAAAAUGCUUUCAUUUAUAAUUAAUGAUAAACAACAUGAAUAGACUCCAUCUAGGAAAGCCUCUAGGUCUAAUCACUGUGAAUAAACAUUAAGCCAAGCACAGUCGAUGUGCACAAGAAAAUUCAGUGAAGGAAUAAUCACUAUGACAGGAAGUAAGAAGAGAAAUACUACAUAAUUCAUCCUGAAGAAGUGAUUCACUGAAAAAUAAUAACAAAUCCUUUAUUCAUAAGAUCCACUCCUGAGGUACAUGUGUGGAUUCAGACUGUACAAAACACUGUGUCAUGAAAGAAGGAAAGUCUUCAGUAACCUCAUUUCAUAAUCAACAUUAAGGUUCUCAUGUUGAAGAAACAGUGAUCCUAAAAUCAAGUGGAGAAAACUUCAUUUAGAUUUAGAAAACUAAGGGGGGGUGAAAAACCCUUUAAAAGAGCUUUUAACGUACAAUUUAGCAAAUAAUUCAGAAUUUUGGGUGAACUAUUUAUGAAGAAAAAUCUGACAUAUAAAUCCAAGAUAGUAAAGUGAUCUGGGAACACUGAAUGCCAAAUUUUGUAAGAAACUAAACUUUUUUCAAUAGAUUAUUAUUUGUAAAUAUUUAAAUAAUAAAGUCUGUUGCUGAAAAAUCUA